CCGGAGGAGCUGGGACUGUGGCCGCGGGUUCCGCCGCCUCGGGAGCCUUCGGAGCCCUCAGUCCAGCGAGGUGGUGGCGGCGGGGGGCGCGGCGGCGGGUCUCCCGCGCGGCCGCGAUGCUGAGCUCCCGGGCCCAGGCGGCGAUGACCGCGGCCGACAGGGCCAUCCAGCGCUUCCUGCGGACCGGGGCGGCCGUCAGAUAUAAAGUCAUGAAGAACUGGGGUGUUAUAGGGGGACUUGCUGCUGCCCUUGCCGCAGGGAUCUAUGUGAUUUGGGGUCCCAUUACAGAAAGAAAGAAGCGUAGAAAAGGGCUGGUGCCCGGGCUGGUCAACUUAGGGAACACCUGCUUCAUGAACUCCCUGCUGCAAGGCUUGUCUGCCUGCCCCGCUUUCAUCAAGUGGCUGGAAGAGUUUACCACCCAGUACACCAGGGAUCAGAAGGAGCCCCCCCCACACCAGUAUUUAUCCUUAACCUUGUUGCACCUCCUCAAAGCUUUGUCCUGCCAAGAAGUUACUGACGAUGAGGUCUUAGAUGCGAGCUGCUUGUUGGAUGUCUUAAGAAUGUACAGAUGGCAGAUCUCUUCAUUUGAAGAACAGGAUGCCCACGAGUUAUUCCACGUCAUUACCUCGUCCUUGGAAGAUGAGCGGGACCGGCAGCCCCGGGUCACACAUUUGUUUGAUGUGCACUCCCUGGAGCAGCAGCCAGAGAUAACUCCUAAACAAAUAACCUGCCGUACGAGAGGGUCACCUCACCCCACGUCCAAUCACUGGAAAUCCCAGCAUCCCUUCCAUGGAAGACUUACGAGCAACAUGGUCUGCAAACACUGUGAGCACCAGAGUCCCGUUCGAUUCGAUACCUUCGAUAGCCUUUCACUGAGUAUUCCAGCUGCCACAUGGGGGCAUCCACUGACCCUGGACCACUGCCUUCACCACUUUAUCUCAUCAGAAUCAGUGCGGGAUGUCGUAUGUGACAACUGUACGCAGAUUGAAGCCAAAGGAACGUUGGAUGGGGAGAAGGUGGAACACCAGAGGACCACCUUUGUCAAGCAGCUGAAACUAGGGAAGCUCCCUCAGUGUCUGUGCAUCCACCUGCAGCGGCUGAGCUGGUCCAGCCACGGCACGCCCCUGAAGCGCCAUGAGCACGUGCAGUUCAAUGAGUUCCUGAUGAUGGACAUCUACAAGUACCACCUCCUGGGGCACAGACCCGGGCAGCACAGCCCUAAACCCUGCGAGAGCGCGGGGCCCUCGCUCGACCUGCAGGACGGGCCGGCCGCCCCCAGAUCAGUUUUGAAUCAGCCAGGGGGUCCGAAAACACAAAUUUUUAUGAAUGGCGCCUGCUCCCCAUCUUUAUUGCCUACCCUGCCAGCCCCAAUGCCCUUCCUCCCAGUUGUUCCUGACUACAGUUCCUCCACAUACCUCUUCCGGCUGAUGGCGGUUGUCGUCCACCAUGGAGACAUGCACUCAGGACACUUCGUGACUUACCGACGGUCCCCACCUUCGGCCAAGAACCCUCUCUCCACCAGCAACCAGUGGCUGUGGAUCUCCGAUGACACCGUCCGCAAGGCGAGCCUGCAGGAGGUGCUGUCCUCCAGCGCUUACCUGCUGUUUUACGAGCGCGUCCUUUCCAAGAUGCAGCACCAGGGCCGGGAGUACAGGUCGGAGGAAUGACCACCCCGGCUCCGGAGCUAGAGCCGUGGCACUGUCCACACGGGCCAGGAACAAGGCAAGAUCAGACUGUGUGUGUGUGCACGCAAGAGGCCCCACUAGAGUCCUCAGCCUUCUGGUGUGUUCUAAGAGCAGGCUCCGUGCAGGAGCCAGUGGCCCCAGUUCAAACCAGAUCAGGCUCCCUGAAUGGUGCGCACCGGACGGUGUCCUUGUGCUGGGACAGCAUUCAUUCUGUCUAGAACGUCUUUUUACUCACCUGCUAAUUAAAAGAAAUCCAACUCUG